AUGUUAAAUUCAAUAGCCUAUUUUAUCUUAUCAUUAUUGGCUAAAAACGUUUUUUUAAUUAUUAUAAUUUAUAUUAAUAAUUUUUAUGCAAUUAUUUUUGAGCAACUUUGUUUUAUACUUUUUGGUGAAAAAGUAGACCAUAUAAAAAUAGACAAUAAGAAGUGUUUUGAAGAAGAAUAUUCUCGUCGAAAUGAAGCAAAUAUGAAUACUUUCUUUUAUAAUUCAACUAUUAUAAAAUUUUGUGAAUUGAAUUCACCUUUUCACAUAUUUUUAAAAGAUGUUUUUACUCUUGAAAAAGCUGUUUAUGGUUUAAUGGUACUUUUAGGUUUAAAUGGUUUGAUAUUCUUUUUAACUUCAUUAAAUUUAAAAAGAGUAUUUAUAAGAAAAUAUGGUAAGUUUAUCCACGUUUAA